AUGCACCCGGAAGGACCUGGCCCGAUGGACGAGCUGGACCGCGAGCUCGAGACGCUGCAGCACAAGGCCAUGAGCGAUGGCUCGGACGAAGACCUCCUCACGGACGUCGGCUUCAUGUUUGACGACUGCCUUGAAAAGGUCACGUGCGAGUUCACGUAUGGUACGAGCUCCAGCGGCGCGCCGCGCGUCAGCGUCAUGCUGAGCUACGUGCAGGACAACCCGGGCUUUGUGCAGUCGGGACACUACGUGUGGCCAGCCGCGCCUGCGCUCUGCGAGUAUAUGGUGUCGAACUUUGAGUCGCUGCCGCGCGGCAACGUGCUCGAGCUUGGUGCGGGCUGCGGCCUCGCGGGCCUCGUCUUCGCGCAGCUGGACCCGGCGUCGCGCAUCAUUUUUACGGACCACGAUCCCGGCGUCCUCAAGACGAUCGAGCACAACGUGACGAUGCAAACGCACCGCGCGCAAGCCACGUGCCACACCCAGAGUCUGCGGUGGGGGCCCGAAGGCGCCAACGAGAUUGAGGCCAUCGAGCGCGUCCAGAGCGGUCAGCGCGCGACCGAUCUCAUUGUCGGUACGGACGUUAUCUACGCGCGCGAGAUUGUGAGCUUGCUCUUCUGGACCAUCGACCAGCUUCUGGCCUCAAGCGGGCUCUUUCUCAUGUGCUCGAGCUUUUGCUACGACGACGAAACCGAGGCCGAGAUCGAUGUCAUGUGCACGCAGUACAAGCUGUCGCGCCGAAUCAUCUCGUGCGCGCUUCCGACCGGCACGCGCAUUCAAGUCUUUACGCGUCAAUAG